UGUGCCCAGAGGUGGCACUGGGACACCCCCAUAUGUCUGGUCCCAGCAGUCCUUGACCCCCAACAUUGCCUCUUCCUUCCCCCUCCAGCUCCCUGGAGGCUCCGCAGUGAUCAGGAAGGAUCAGGGACCUGCUGAGAGGACCUGACGGUGACAGGGCUGCCGGGAGCCUCAGGGCCGCAUCCAGCACCCGUCCUGACUGCGCCAGCACCCAGCGAGGGGCUGGUGGCACCACCAUGUCCCAGGCAGAAGGAGGCGAGGAGACCUUUGAAUACUGUGAUGUGGUCAUCAACAGCCAGGAGAAGGUUUUGGAUGUGUACACACAGCUGGAGAAGCUGGGAGAGGGAAAAUUUGGGACUGUGUACCGGCUGCAGGAAAAAGCUACUGGCAAAAUCCGGGCUGGGAAGUAUUUCCGGACACGGACAGCUAAAGAGAAGGAGGCGGCUCGGGCCGAGGUGGAGCUCAUGAACCUGCUGCAUCACCCACUCCUUGUGCAGUGCCUCGCCGCCUUCCAGGGCCCCACCGAGCUUGUGAUGGUGAUGGAGUACGUGGCAGGUGGGGAGCUCUUUGAGCGCAUCGUGGAUGAUGACUUCGAGCACACGGAGCCCAGCAGCACCCAGUACAUGCAGCAGAUCCUGGAGGGGCUGCGGUUCAUGCAUGGCCAGGCCGUUGUCCACCUUGACCUCAAACCCGAGAACAUCGUCUGUGUCAGCCCUGGCAGCCACUGGCUCAAGAUUAUUGAUUUUGGCUUGGCGCGGAAGCUGAGUCCAGACACCCCCGUGAAGGUGCUGCACGGCACCCCUGAGUUCAUGGCUCCAGAAGUGAUUGCCUUUGAGCCUGUGGGCUUCUCCACGGACAUGUGGAGCGUUGGUGUCAUCUGCUACAUCCUGCUGAGCGGGGAGUCCCCCUUCCAGGGGGACAAUGACCUGGAGACACUGAGCAACAUCACAGCUGCCCAGUGGGACUUUGAGGAGGAGAUCUUCUCAGAGAUCUCCCAGCAAGCCAAGGACUUCAUCAGCCAACUGUUGCAGAAGGACCCUCGUCGCCGGCUCUCCAGUGUGGGGGCUCUGCUGCACCCCUGGCUGCAGCAGCCCCAGCCCAGCAGCACGAAGGCGCUGUCAAAAGAGAGGAUCAAGCAGUUCCUGAUGCGUCGGAAGUGGCAGAAAACAGGCAAAGCUCUGCUGGCCCUCAACAGGCUGAGCCGGCUGUCCCAGGGCUCGGAGAGGAAAGUGUCAGAGGCUCAGGAUGAGGAAGGCCUGGGCUGCAGCCCGGAGGAGGACCAAGCCUCUGGAUCUCUGCCACUACGAGGUCCCAGCUUCUCGAAGCUGCUGACAGACCAAGAGGAGGAGGAAGGUGGGAGCACUGUGGCCUCAGGGAAGGCGGAGACCAGUGUCAGCAUGGCUGUGCUACCCCAGCCUGGACCACCUAGAGCAGCUGGUGACAGAGGAGCAGCUGAUGGGGAUAAAACCUCCUGCAGCGCCUCGCAUGGUGACCCAGCCAGCCUAGGGUAGACCCAGACCCCAGGGCUCCUCUCCCACAGGUGAACUCUGGGGUCCCACAGUGUCCCUGUGCUGGUGUCGGGACAGCAUACCUGCUCCUGUCUGCAUGGCCUCCCGGGCUUGAGCUGUUACCA